GAAAUCUGAUAUACGAGAAUAAAAAAUGGUACAAACACCAAGACAACGUCAAGGUAAUGAGAUUUAUGCGAUCAGAGAGGCUGCAAAACGAGGAAAAUCUAAGACUGAAAAGCCUCUACUUAAGAAGUUAAAACCUAAUAUAUCGAUUUAUUGGGUCUGUAAGUGCAUAAAUAAAAGUCAAGUGAGAUGUAUGUGUUGAUUACAAUCGAUAGAUUUGUUGAUUUUCCUUGUAAUUGGAGGUGCAGUUUUAGAAACAUUUUAUAUGCUAUUUUUUCAAAUGUAAUAAUGUUAAAAAUGAUAAUAAAAAUGUCCGA